AUGGUUCGUGAAAUAGUGCACAUCCAAGCUGGACAGUGUGGUAACCAAAUCGGUACAAAGUUCUGGGAAGUUGUUUCAGAUGAACAUGGAGUGGACCCAACUGGAAAAUACUUUGGAGAUUCAGAUCUUCAACUUGAAAAUAUCAACGUAUAUUUCAAUGAAGCUAUAAACAGUAGAUAUGUCCCUCGUGCUGUUCUUGUAGAUCUGGAACCCGGAACGAUGGAUUCAGUCCGAGCAGGUCAAUACGGACAACUAUUUCGUCCUGACAACUUCAUUUUCGGUCAAUCAGGUGCUGGAAACAAUUGGGCCAAAGGAUAUUACACAGAAGGACAGGAACUUUGUGAUCAAAUCAUCGAUAUCAUCAGAAAAGAAGCUGAAUCAUGCGAAUAUUUACAAGGGUUUCAGCUUGUUCAUUCUUUAGGAGGUGGAACAGGUUCUGGACUUGGAGCACUAUUAUUAAAUAAAUUACGAGAAGAAUAUCCAGAUAGAAUUUUAAAUACAUAUUCAAUUAUUCCAUCUCCAAAGGUAUCCGAUACAGUUGUUGAACCAUACAACUGUAUGCUUUCAGUUGAUCAAUUUGUUGAAGCUUCCGAUGAAGUCUUUUGCAUUGAUAACGAAGCACUUUAUGAUAUAUGCUUCCGUACACUUAAGCUUACAAAUCCAACAUAUGGAGAUCUCAACCAUUUGGUUUCAAUGGUUAUGUCUGGAACUACUUGUUCCCUCAGAUUCCCAGGUCAGCUCAACUCAGACCUCAGAAAACUUGCUGUAAACCUUGUUCCAUUCCCACGUUUACAUUUCUUCGUAGUUGGUUUUGCCCCGCUUUAUUCACGUGGAUCACAACGAUACAUUUCCAAUUCUGUUUGUGAGAUUUCAUCUCAACUUUUCGAUGCAAAGAACCUAUUGGCAGCAUGUGAUCCUCGCAGAGGUGUUUUCUUUACUGCAUCUGCACAUUUUCGUGGCCGCGUUUCCCCACUGACAGUCGAUGAGCAAUUAGCAUGCAUUCAAUCACGUAAUUCAUCUUAUUUUGUUGAUUGGAUACCAUCAAACUUCAAAUCAGCAAUUUGUGACAUACCACCACCUGGUCUCAAAAUGGCAGCUACAUUCAUUGGAAACACCACAGCAUUUCGUAAUCUUUUCAAAAGGGUUGAUUCCCAAUUCCAAAAGAUGUAUUCACGUCGAGCUUUUGUUCAUUGGUUCGUUAAUGAAGGCUUAGAUGCUGUGGAAUUCGAUGAAGCACGUUCUAACAUGGCUGAUCUAAUACAGGAAUAUGAAAUGUACGAAACGCCUGGCAUAGAACAGCAAGAAAGCGAAGAAAACGAAUAA